UUGCUACCUAAUAUCUCCUCUGCGCCGUUCUCUAUCAAUCCCACUUCCUCUCUUCUUCUCAAACCUUCUAUUCGACUUCUCUCCAUUUUGUUCAACCCUCAUGAACGACACUGCCUAUCACCAAAGCCUUCAUCGUUGCCGGUUGGCCACCUCCAUCUCCGACGACAAACCAACAAAAGGUAUGGUCGGCAAUGGAGAUAGAUCAACACAAUCAUGGGCUCGAGCCAUCAAAUCCAACAAAAGUGUGAACAAUCCUAGUGCUGGCAUGCUGAACACGAGAAAUAGGUGGUGCCCCCUAAGAAUGGUAUGGUUAAACUCAAUACUGGUGGAGCGGCUGAUCCUCGCGCUGUGGAGGCUACAGGUGGUGGAAUCCUUGAAGAUAGCAAAGGCCGCUGGAUAUCGGGUUUCAACCGGUAGAUUAGGUUAUGUUCGACGUUUCAUGCUGAGGUUUGGGCUCUAUACGAUGGUUUGAAUCUGGCCUGAAAUAGUGGCUUUUAAAACGUGGUGGUUGAACUCGACAAUAAAGAAACAGUAAACACCCUUAGCAAUGGUCCUCUUACGCAAGAGACUACGCUGAUUCGAGAAGCCCGUGAAUUACUCCGGAGGCGGUGAACUGUUAAGAUCGCACACAUUAGUCGAGAAGGUAACGAAAGUGCGGAUGCUAUGGCAUACAUCAAAGAAAUAGAUCCUCGACACCUUGAUAUUUUCCAGCCCGCCUGCUGCUAUCAGACACGUCCUCUCUUGUGAGGAAAGGAACCUAGUGUAGAUUUUUCUCAUUAACCAGCAGUGUUCUAUUGCUACCAAAAAAAGGUGAAGAUGAUUUCUAAAGAAUUUAAUU